AUGGCGCCGAAAGCACUGAUUCUGGUGGCUGAUGGGUCGGAGGAGAUUGAGUUUGUCACGCCGUAUGAUGUUCUCACGCGUGCGGGCUUCGACGUCAAGUCUGCGGGUGUGCAGCUCAAGAAUGAGGGUUAUGCGCACCUAUCCCGCAACAUCCGCCUCCUCCCCGACUUCCCGACCCUCCUCUCCCUCCCGCACCAAACCGCCCACGAAACCCACGACAUCCUGAUCCUGCCGGGCGGCGCCCCGGGCGCCCGCACCUUCUGCGCCACGCCCGCGGUGCUCGAAAUGAUCGUCGCCUUCAAGAACGCCGGGAAGCACGUCGCCGCGAUCUGCGCGGGCACCACGGCGCUGGUCGCGGCGCAGAAGAAGUUCGGCGGCGACAAGGGCACGGUUACCAGCCAUCCGAGUGUGCGGAAGGAGUGUGAGGCGGAGGGGUGGGCGUAUAGUGAGGAAAGGUGCGUGGUGGAUGGACGGGUGGUUACGAGUAGGGGGCCGGGAACUGCGAUGCUGUUCGCGCUUACGAUUGUUGAGCUGUUGUGUGGGAAGGAGAAGAGGGAUGAGGUGGCGGGGCCGAUGAUUGUUGCUGAGACGCUGUGA